AUGUCCAAGCGCACAACAGAAGAUUUUGAAACUUCGGACGAUACGGUUGUCACAAAGGCGCCUUUCGACAGGCUUGGCCAAAAACAUGAGUCCUUGAAAGAAGAGAAAAUGGGCGAAUUCGAAGAUCCAUGGGAAGACGAGUAUGAAGAAGAAAUAAUUGAGAAUGCCGAAUCUGAUAUUGAGGACGAAGAUGUUAUGGAAAUCGAAGAAAGUGGAGAGCAGGUUUAUCUUCCUGGUCAGGAACUUGGCAAAGAUGAGACCCUAGAAGCUGAUCAGUCGGCUUAUGAGAUGUUGCAUUCUCUAAAUGUUAAAUGGCCAUGUCUUAGUUUUGAUGUCCUGAGGGAUGACCUUGGCGAGGAAAGAAAAACGUUCCCCGCGACCUUAUAUAUUGUCGCCGGUACGCAAGCCGAUAAACCGAAAAAUAAUGAAUUGAUGGUGAUGCAGAUGUCUCAACUUCAUAGGACCCAGAAUGAUGAUGAUGAUUCUGGCAAAGACUCGGAUGAUUCUGAUGAAGAGGCAUUGGAUGAAGAUCCGAUAUUAGAAUCCAGAAGUUUAAAGCAUUAUGGAGGAGUUAAUCGCGUUCGAGUGAUGCCUCAGAAAGACUGUCACAUAGCGGCAUCUUGGGCUGAUACUGGCAAAGUUCUUAUAUGGGAUCUGAAACCUGCAAUAAGAUCAUUAGACGUGUCUGGUGAAAAGAUCUCGCAAAAGGCAUUGAAACCACUUUACACCGUUGAAAGCCAUAGCGCUGAAGGUUUUGCGAUGGACUGGUCAGCGACAUCACAAUCUGCAUUUCUGCCUGACCGAGACCCCUUCGUCGGUCACACAUCCUCUGUCGAAGAUUUGCAAUGGUCACCGGUGGAGAAGGACGUGUUUGCAAGUGCAUCUGCCGAUCAGACAAUACGCAUAUGGGACACGAGAAACAAAAAGAAGGAUGCUUUGUGUAUCAAAGCUCAUGAUGCUGAUGUAAAUGUCAUAUCUUGGAAUAGGUUGGUGUACAAUACUUUGGAUAUAUUGAAGCGUAUGGCGAAAAACGCGUUUAACUUACUUAUUUUACUUGAUAGGAAA